AUGAACACUGGCUUAUGCUUCUUCCCCAGUGAGAAGGGCUUUUAUAGAUACGACAUCCUCUCCGAUGGUCCCAAUGGCAUUCCCCUGAAAUACGGCAAAGUUGGCGAAACGGUCUAUCACAAAUGGACAUGCGUCUCGGAAUUGACCGAUGUGUACUGCAUGCGGGUCCAUUCAUGUACUGUAUACGACGGUCAGGGUGGACCUCCAGUUACCGUACUCGACGUGAAUGGAUGCUCCGUGGACGGCGUUAUCUUACAAAACCUUGACUACAUAGACGAUCUAACAGCUGGGAAACCUGCACAGGUGUUCAAAUUUGCCGAUAAAGCUGGUCUUUAUUUCAAUUGCCAAAUUGAGCUUACGAUUAAGGACAGACAGCUCGGGUGCAGUCAGGCGGUGAGUUCUUCUCGUUCCUCGUUCUACAGCUUGCCUCCGUGA